UUUUCCUGAGACAUUCUCUUGCUCCACAUAUUGACCUACCUCUCUAGCUAGAAACAAAGCUUGCUCGACAACAAUGGCUGCAGGUGGAGCUUCUCUUAUUGCUGCUGUUGUUUUCUCUGUGUUGAUCAUGUCUUCCCUGGGGGGUCCGAUGCCUUUAUGCAGCGACUGCGAGACGAUGUGCCGUACCAACUGCACCGCGGAGGCUGAAGCCAAUUGCGCCAAUUACUGCUACGACACCCAAUCAACAGCAGGGUACUGCGAAGGUUGCAUGGGCGCCUACUUCGACCAGCACUGCAAUCCCGAGUGUCUCAAAAAUUGCAGCAACGGCUGCAAGAAGAAGGUGCUUCCGAGGCCUUUAUGCAGCGACUGCGACACGGUAUGCAGUACCAAGUGCACCGAGGAGCUUCAAACCACCUGCAGCGAAUACUGCGACUUCAGCCGCAGCGGUCUGGCGGACUGCCAGCGUCAGCUCUUCGAGCGGUGCAACACAGAGGGUACCUGCUGCAGUAGCGACGGCACAUGCACUUGUGACUGCGAGACCGAAGCUCGAAAGAGUUGCGUGGGCGUCAGCGACAACUCCAAUAAUUGCGAAGUUUGCAAGCGCGGCCAGUUUGACCAGGACUGCCAUCCCACCUGUAACACCGACUGCAACAGCAACUGCAAGAAGAAGAAAGGGUGCCACGGGCACGCAUAGGAAAAACAUGUAAUCGGGUGUGCCCUGCAUUGCAUAGGAAUAACAUGGCUCCCUCCCUGUAGUCGUGCGUAGAUUUCGAUUUCUGUAAACGCCACGACCCGGUUUUGUGGGAUGGCACAGGAGGAAUAUGGGUCGUGGCGCAUCACCUCCAGCUUUUAGCUGAGGAUUUAUAUUCUGUAUUUCUGUUUAUGUUU